AUGGGAUGGGAAGAAAUGGAAGGCGGACCGAAGGAGAAGAACAAGCUAUUCGCCAUAUCCGUCCACAAGGCAGCCGACGCAAAUGGGCAAGUCAUCUUUGAUGCAUGGCGGGACCUCGGACAUCGAUUUUCGCUCGCACGGGAGCACGCCCGCCAGGUAGCACCAAUAUAUGUGCUCUGA